AUGACAAAGUCGACGAAAUUACGAAACCUCAAAAAACCGCCGAAAAAGAAGAAGGUGAUUGAGGUGGUGACGACACCACCCGAUGAUCCGACAACAGCGGAAGAAUCCACUACGGUUUCGAUUCCACCCGCGCCACGUCGACGACGUAUUAUCCCUGUUUGUUGUUGUUGUUGCUCGACAUCGGUUGCCACACUUUCACCAGUUGAUUGUAGUUAUGGUAAGGUUGAAAAAAACAACAUUCAUAUAUUUUCUCGUUUAAUUUGUUGCCCCUGGCACCGUUGUUUUCGGCUGUGUUUGUUGUUUUUUAGACUUUUCGAGAAAAAUAAGGUGCAAUCUCGUGACAUAUCUUCUUAUUCGUCUUCCUCCUUCCGGUUUUGGAAUUAAUAAUCAAUGUGCUUUUGAGAUAUGAUAUCUUGAGAUAAUAAGGGCACGUAAAUAAGAUUGAUGAGGGAUGUUGUUAGAAAAUUUUACAGUUUGAAUCUUGGGUCAUGAGAGAGAUACACUAAACAUUACUGAUUUGGCAUGAUAUAGAGUCUUUGUGGUAUACCUGAAAUUAAGGAUUCCUUUUUCCACUUGUGAAGGACUUGAAUUUGUCAUGUUCCAAAUCUUAGAAAAUGUGAGAGAAGAUCUAGCACAGUGAAUUUUAUUGUGACCAAUUCAGAAAACGAGUUAGGUCAACGGGUUCAUUUAGGUUCGAAUUAAUUUUUCACAUAGGAAAUUCAUCACAUGUUUUCUGAAACUCAUAAAUUCUGGAAUUUUCUCAUAACCUCUCUCGUUGAGAGUUCUCAAAACAUGACCACGUGAUCAAUUUCAGGUUCACACGUUUAGUUGCUCAUUUUACUUCCAUUUUUCCCACAAACUCACUCACUCACAUACACAAAAUAAAUAUUGGAAAGACAUGAAGAAAGUGUAGAUAUUCAUACAUUCAUUAAUUAAAAAUUGAUAGUAGCAGCUAGCAACAUCCUCUGCGCGCCGCUGCCUCUGGUGCUUUUUCUUUUCUGUGUAUUUUUUCGCUCUCAUCGAUCCAAUUUUUUUUUGCCAUUGAAAUUAUUAAAAUUUAAUUUGAUCCGUGUGAACAUGCGGAUUUUUCUGCUUCCUCCAAGAUUUUUAAAUAGGAUGUGGAUGAACUUCUUCAGGGGAACUUGUGCUAACUUGAUAGGAAUAAGGCUACUUGAAUGUUGCACUGCCUCCCCAAAUCUACGUGUGUGUGGAAAAACGAAAAAUGUCUAGCACGCUCUCGCAAACACACACUCUCUCGCACACAACUUUUUACUUUUAUUUCGCGAAAACAGUGCAUAUUAGGAGCUGAUUUUUAUGUGUUUUUCAUCGGAACCACAAUAUGUGUUAUACAUAGUUCGAAAGAGAAUUUCUUCGGCUACAAACACAUAUGAAAUGUUAUAAAUGAAACCGAGAUAAAAAAAUAAAAAUUUCAUGCAAACAUGACAUGGUUUUUUUGAAUUGUGUGAAAAACGCAUGUGUUUUUUGAUGGCCUGGCUUAUUUUUUGAAUAUCGAAUAUAUGUAUAAUCGAGUCGUAGUUUUGUUCAGAAUCUCAAGGGCUUUCAGAUGGUAUAAAUCAAUAUUUAUGAAAUUGUGAAAUCAUGGAGGAGUAGGGAUUUUUCGUUUGUCAAUUUUUAAAACGAGAUUUUCAUUUUCAUUUGAAAGGAACUCGAAUGAAGUUUACAUACGUUUUGUAGAGAAUUUCUCGGGCUUCAAAAUCAUAUAUAUUUCUAUACACAAAAAUGGAAAUUGGAUGCACCGCUUUCGGUUGAAAACUCACCGCUGUUUUUCGCUACGCUACUGAACGGGUUUGUUUGUUUGGUGCAAACCCAACAAGUUUUCAACCGAAAGCGGUGCAUCCAAUUUCCAUUUUUGUGUAUAGAAAUAUAUAUGAUUUUGAAGCCCGAGAAAUUCUCUACAAAACGUAUGUAAACUUCAUUCGAGUUCCUUUCAAAUGAAAAUGAAAAUCUCGUUUUAAAAAUUGACAAACGAAAAAUCCCUACUCCUCCAUGAUUUCACAAUUUCAUAAAUAUUGAUUUAUACCAUCUGAAAGCCCUUGAGAUUCUGAACAAAACUACGACUCGAUUAUACAUAUAUUCGAUAUUCAAAAAAUAAGCCAGGCCAUCAAAAAACACAUGCGUUUUUCACACAAUUCAAAAAAACCAUGUCAUGUUUGCAUGAAAUUUUUAUUUUUUUAUCUCGGUUUCAUUUAUAACAUUUCAUAUGUGUUUGUAGCCGAAGAAAUUCUCUUUCGAACUAUGUAUAACACAUAUUGUGGUUCCGAUGAAAAACACAUAAAAAUCAGCUCCUAAUAUGCACUGUUUUCGCGAAAUAAAAGUAAAAAGUUGUGUGCGAGAGAGUGUGUGUUUGCGAGAGCGUGCUAGACAUUUUUCGUUUUUCCACACACACGUAGAUUUGGGGAGGCAGUGUGUUGGUCAAUCAAGUUUGCUCUACCGCACACAUUAUUUAUUUGUGCCUACUUCUCGAGAAAUUUGGGAAUUCCUAAACCCUUUCAAAUUCCCUUCUUCCUACUUUCUGCUUUUGUUGGACUUUGUUCCGCCGGAAGAAUCCAAUAAUUUUUUGUUGCCAAUAGCUUGUCAAAAACAGACUUUUUAUUUUUCAAAUCUCUAAGUAUACCACAAAACAAAAUGGCUAUUUUUGUCGAAGCCCUUUUCUUUUCUGAGUUUUGCGUCAAUGCACCGGAUGAAAUUAGUGAGGGGAUAAUCCGCCCCGAGACAAACUAAUAAUACAAAGUUUAGACCUCAUUCUCAUUUUCAUUUUCCUUUUCCCAAACGAAAGGGAGCUCAUUAGAAGUCGUUGGAAGCGGAAAAAAUGGGAUGAAUAAUUUGGUCAGACCCAAGAAAAACAGAGGCAUUUUUUUUGAAAAGAAAAUGAGGAAACAAAAUAAAAAUAUAAAUAAGAUAUUUAAUAAUUGAAUUAAAUAUGGCUCAAAGAAUGGUUCAACUUAAGUUGUUUUUUCAUUCAUCUAAAUUUUUGUUCACAUUGAACCAACCAACCAAGUUUUUUGAUGUUUACAACGAAGAAAUACAAACCAUCCAAAUUAUCCGAAAGGAAACAAACCCGUGGAGAAAUAGUUUGAGAUUUGAGGAGGUUUAGAGAAAGGCGAGAACAAAUGGGAAUCGAACACGAAAAGCAUUGAGAUUGAUAAACAUAUACUUUUUUUGUUUUUUUUUUCUGGAAGUUUGAAUUUGUGCGGCUGGUGGUUGUUUUGAAAUUCGAGAAUCUAUUGUUACGCGUUAAUUUUCAUAAUCUAUUUUUAAAUGAUUUUGUUUAUCGAUUAACAAUUUACUAAAAUUCAAAUUUUCAUCAAGCCAAGAAUAUCUGAGAUUCUGUUCGUUUUAAUUUUUUCUAAUUUUUUGAGAUUGAAAAUUUAAAAAAAAAAAUUGUAUUAUUGAAAAAUCUAUUUUUCACGUGCCGGCCACGAAAUUUUUAAAAAUAUAUUCAUUUCUGAUUUUUUCUAACGUGAGGAUAGAUAGCUAGAAAUUAGAAUGGCUGAACAAUUUUGGGUUAGUUUCUCUCGAUUCCAGAUCUUGAUUAUGUUAGAUUUUUGAGCAAAAAAUCUAGAAAAAUUCGUAUAAAAUUCAGAAUUAGAAAUUCAAAAGUAUAUGAAAAAUAUUUUUUCAUAAGAUUUUGUUCUCGAAAUUAAGGAAAAAAAUUGUUAGUUUCCGAAGCUUACUGUAACUAAUUAAAAAAAACCUAUCCAAGUUUUUGGCGAGUUAGUGUAAGUCAGAGGCAAUUUCCGAAAAAGUCCCAUGAUUUCCUCAUUUGGGGUGUUGAUUAAUUCAAAGUUUUUUGAAGUUUUAUUAGAAUAAUUUGGGGUUUUCUUCAUUUUUAUUAAUUAUUUGAACUACUAGAAAAUGUGUAAUUUGAUCCGAUGCCCUUAAGCCAGCGUCAUUCAUUCAUUCAAUUUUCAGGUAGCACUGGGGCGACAGCCGAUUCGAGUGGUUCACCAAUGCGCAGUCUCAAACGAGACGCGCGAGCCGCAUCUUCCCGCCGAAAUUCGAAUCGACAACCAGUGCCCGAAGACACUGAAUUGGAUGUGAGUCGUCGACCAUCCACUCAUUUUGUGUUAGAUCUUCCAGUCGUCUCAACACGAUGUGAGUUAUUUUUGGAGGGGCAGAGAAAAAUUAUGAUGUUUUCUAUGUGGAUAUUUCAAAUAAUCCGCUAAUCCGCUGAUAUUUUCUGCAGAUGAUUUUGUGUGUUGUUGAUGAUAUAUUUAGGGAUGCUUUAACAAGUUAGCCUAUCUCAUUUAUCUUUGUUGGAAAAAGAAGGUUCUGAAUAUUAUAUCAUUUACAGUAUUUUUGUUUAAAAACAACUAAUCCGAUUAUCAAUGAUGGGAUUAUCUAAAUAACUCUCAUAGAAAAAAAUUAUGGAUUUGAAAAGGACCAGAGAUUGCUCAUGUUAUUAAAUAUUAACAAGUUGAAAGUGUUUGAACUUUUCGCAGAAUUUCAUUGGAUGUUUGAUCGAAAAACGUUUUUCCAGCAGAAUGAAAGAAAAAUAAAAGAAAAACAUGUUAAAAUUAGAAAUGCAUUGGAUAUCGUAAGAAAAAUGAGCAAAUAUUUUAGGUCUCUUAAGAAUUUUGAGAAAAAUAGGGAUUAAUUAGAGGUCCAGAUAUUCUUCAUUUCAUUUUUUUCCUCUCGCCGGCACAGCCCAAUCCAGUCAGUCUCUCAUUUUUAUUUCUAUUUCUAUUUUUCGAGCUGGCAGAGCUGAAUAGGAGUUCAUUAGGAUAAAGUCAGAAGAUAUAGAGGAAAAGGCGAUUGAGGCAAAAAAAAGGGAAUACAAUUUUUAUGAUGGAAAAAUUUGGAAGAGGGAUUUUGAAGGCAGAAUUGAAGCCAAGUAUGACAAAAAAGAUUAGGAAAUAUUAAAAUUUUGGAAGAGUUUCGUUUUUGGAUUUUUUUUGCUGGAAAGAUUUAUUCUUAUCGAUAAUCUUUUUGACCAGCUUUGUUGAUUCCUGAAAAGAAUUAUGACGUGGCGCAGUUUAAUUGAUAACCUGAAAAAAUUGGAAUGAAUUUUUUAAACAGAAAAUGGCUUGAGAAAUGUUGGGACCAAGAAUUGCAAACGUGCUCUACCGAACAAACUCACUUUCGGAGAACAGUUUGAAUUUUGUUCUGAUUUUUGUAAUAGGCUGAAAAAUUCUGUUUUUCGGGCACGUUUGUUAUUUCUAGUCCUCCAAAAAUCACAAAUUUUGACAAAAAUUCAAUUUAACAUCGUCACGUCAUAAUAAACUAUUCCAAAUUUAACUAAUUUUUGAGAAAGUGUCAACUGGGAUUCCCUUAGGAUUUUGAACAUAACAAUCAAAUUUUUCUCAAAAAAAAAUCAUAAAUUCAAAUUUUUCAAUCUUCUUGAUCUUUGUUAUGUUUGAAAAUAUUCAAGACUUUUAUUCUAAUUAGAAAAUCAGAGAUACUCAGCAUUUUCUGAAAAUUUUCUUUGAAUUUAGUUUGGUUUUUGCUCUGCUCUGUUCAUUUUUUGCUCAUUCUUGCUUAAUGAGCCAUAUUUUUACAAUUGGACCACCCAUUAAGUUUUCGUGGUUUUUUUCCAAACAUCAAAUAUCUAAUAUUUUCCGCGCUCCUCACAAAAAAUGUCAAAAAAUAUGUUAUGUAAAUUUGAUUUGUGUCACCUCAACUCCUCGAAAAAUCCUUUUUUUUUUGCCAUUUUUACUCACUCGGCUCCUUUUUUGUUCCAUAAAUAUUUUUAGGAGCGAACGAGAAUGCUGCUCAUUUUCUCUAGAAAAUAGAUGAAAUGUCACUUAAAGACAAAUUGGAUCAUUUUGAGUGUGUGCCUUUUUUGGGGCGUGGAGCUGUUAGUGCAAAAAAGGAAGUGGAUACCUUUUUUGUUUUAUUGUUUCUUGCAGUUUCUUUUUUGUCUCAAGCUUGCCAUGUUUUUUUUGUUGAGUAUAUCAUGUUACAUGGGUUUUUUAUUACAAGAAAUAAUGAUUGAGGAUUUUUUUCUGGAUUUUCAGUAAGCGUAUUUUAUUUUGGAAUAAGUACUAAAAGUUUCGACCAUUUUUUUGGAAAUUCUGAAAAUUCCAGAAUUUCAUUUCAAAUUUACAUUUAAUGCUAUAAUUUUGAAUUCCCACAAAAAUUUCUGGUAAAAAAAAUUUUGAUAACUAUUCCAGAGCAAAAGCUCUAGGUAAUUUUGAAGAACAUAUUAAGAUCUUGAAGUAUACGGUAGUACGUGGUUCCAAAAUAGAAAAAUUGUACUUAUAAAAUUUGAUUCUGAACUUUAAACAUCAUAGGAUUUUCCUAAUCAAUAUAUCCGAGCCUAGAAAGCCUAGUUUUCAAAUAGCUGAGCCUAGAGAACCUUAUUGUCUAGGACACACGUCUAGAGAUCUCUACUGGAAAGCAGCCACAAUUUGAUAACAACUCUGGGUAGUUUCGGUGCCUUGAGAUGUUCUAUGGCAAAUCGCCAAUUCUAGUUGUCAAGUCCAGUUGUCAAGGACCUACGCCUAGAGAUCCUAUUUUUCAAGAAGGCCUAGAAAUACAAAAAAAUUAAGUUUGGGUUUUUUUUCACUCACAAUUCUGCUUCGAAAUGUUAUUAUAUCUGAAGAAAAAAGUUUUUUUUCCAAAAAACAAAAGAAAACUAAAAUCUGUGAUUUUUGGCCGUCGAAUCGACAUCAAAAUUAGGAAUUUCCUUUUUUCUCCAAUUGACAGGAUGCAAUUUAUCUUAUUUCUCCGAAAUUUCAAUGCACUUUUUCAUCUGCUUUUUUCUUCAAGUCAUUCAAAUCUCUCUCGAGAAAACUCUUCAAUUUUUUGCUAUUCAAAAGUUUCACCCAAAAAACUUUUUACCCAAAAAAAUCAAUGUUUUCCACGAAUAUAAUCCAGAAAAACAAGUAACAUUUUUGUGUCUUUUCUUUUUCAUUUUUUUUUGGGAAUUUUUUUGCUCGAAAAAUAUUGUUCCUUUUUUCUUCUUCAUAAUUGAACAAAUUCAAAAUCUCUGAACUUAGGAUAAAUCAACAUCUCCUCUUCAUCAACAAACACAUAAUCAUUUAGCAGAAAGAAAAUGUCAAAUUCAAUGUUGACAAGCUCUCUUUUUAUAGUGCGAAAAUUGUCGGAGGCCUUUUUCAAUGCUCAAAAUGGUGACAAAGUUGGUGAGUUUUUUUUGGGAUGGGUGGAUUUGAACGGGGGGGGGGGACAUUUUGUCAAAUGGGGCCACAAUUGAAGCAGUAAGUUUAUUUUGGGCUUUGAAAUAUCUCAAUUAAAAAUAUUAAAAUUAUUCUAAAAAGUCUGCGCGGGCGGGUUUCGAAAAUGCCUACAAAAACAAUUAUUUUCAUGAAAAGAAUCGAAUUUCACUCGAAAAUAUUAUGUGUGUUUUCUCUGUGUUUUUUUUGGCAUUCUCCCAUUUUUUCGCCCAUUUUCUAGUCUUCCAGCAGUUUUUGGUCGAUUUUUUACUCUUGGGACGAGGAUUUUCUUUUCACUGUGCAUAUCCAUACAUAUAAUCGAAUUUCGAAUUUUCCUUCCCCUUUUUUUCGGAUUUUUCUGGUUGGAUUUACGUAGGUUCGUAGGUUUGUAGUAGAUACAAAUGUUCGUUUGACGCAAAUGGAAAGUUUUUGUCAGUCUUGAGAUUUUUCUGAAAUAUUCUGUUAGAUUUUUCGGACCUGAAGUUUUGAAAUUCUCUAUUGGAAUAUAAUUUUUCUUUUGAACUCUUUCACCUAAAAAAUUUCGAAAAUAAGAUUCUAAAAUGCGUUUUGCUCCAAAUUGUUUUGAUUUAGGAUUGUGAUGAAUGACAAUUAGGCUUAGGCUUUUGCAAGAGUUUGGGUUCAGGCUUUCAACAUUUUUCUGCACCAAUUUAAUUUUGAAAAACAUUUCAGAAGUUUGUGAAUUUUCAAAUUUCUUUUUUCUGAACAAAGUUUCAAUUUUCACUUUUUCGAAAUUUCAAAAAGAAUUGUUUGUCAAAAAAAAGUUUUUGUUUUUGUUGAAAAAUUUACUUUUUUUUCGCAAAAUGUUCUAAUUUCUAUUUGGUUAGUUUCGAAUUUCGAAAUUUAAAUUUUAAAUCAAAUCAAAUUUCGAUGUAGUUUGGCCUCAAAAUAAUUCAAAUUCUACCGUAUCCCGCGAACAUCAAUAAAUAAAACAAUUUUUCGUGAAUCACGAGAUGGCCAUAAAUUUUGUGAAAAUCGAUCAAACGAGCCAAUUUCCUUCUUUUUUUUCAAUUCUCCUUUUCCCCCAUAAAAAUCUUCCAAUAAUAAAAAAUGUGAACAAAUCUUCCAUUUUUUCUUUUUUUUUUGUGAGAAUUUUUGUUCGCGAGAAAAGAAGAAAAAGAAAACUAAUUUCCAGAAUAUUUCCAGAAUCCUUUUUCCUCGUUUUUUUUGUUAUUUUUGUCAAGUUUCCGGAAAUUGCCAUUUUCUCGCAUCGUUGGGCGUUUUUGGUCGUCAUGGAAAAAGAAAUACAUUUUGUUGAAAUUUCUCGAAUUUCACAGAUACAUUUUCAGAAUAGUAGCAAGCACUUUUCCCCUUUUUUGCUUCAUUUUUUGAAUACUUGUUUUUUUUCUUUUGAGAGAACCAAGCAAUUUUUCAGCAAAUUUAUUCAAAGUUUCUGGAUUUCUGUUUUUUUUUUUUUGAAAAACAUGGGAUCACUUGAAAAAGGUCAAAUCAAAAUCGGACCACCAAACAGAAAUCGGGCAAAUUCUGUUUUUAGUCUGUAUAGCUUAGCCUAAGUCUGAAACUAAGCCUAUAGCUAAGCCUUAGCCUUUCUGAAAUUCAAAUCAGUAACUCUCUUGGUGAUUUUCAUAAUCAAUACAUUUAUUUUAAGCGAAAAAAGUUAUUUGAUUUUGAAGUUCAAAUAAAAAUUUUAAUUUUUCAAAUCAGGAUCGAUUCAAAUUUACUUCUCGAGCACUUUUCAUUUUUUUUCCUCUAUUUUUUUGAAUACUUUUUUCUCUCUUUCUGAAAAAAGCAGAAAAAUAUUAGUUCCGGAUUUUUUGGCAUCCAUUAAAAAUGCACUUUCUUCUUCUUCUUCUUUUUUAUUUUACCUUUUUUCAAGAACACGUCAAUUUUUUCUUGCGAAAAAAAGAAGCUCUAAAAAAUUGUAGUUUUUUUUUCUCGAUUGAGUAGCUUCAUUUUUCUCUCUGUCGACAAAUGUAACUAGAUUUAUUAGAACUCGGAAAAAUCAAGUUUUGAGGAGGGAGGAAAAACGAGAAAAAUGAUACUGAACUUUUUUUGCUCGGAGAUUUUUGAACAUUUAAUAACGUCAUCAUUUAUUAUUAAAAUUUUUCGGAUUUUUUUUUCGUUUUGAGGUAGUGUGAUGAUGAAAAAUCGCCGUGAGAGUCAUCAAUUUUAUUUUUUGAAAAGGUCGAUUUUCGGUCUCGUGUUUUUUUUGGGGAUGUCGAAAAUUCUCGAUUUUUUUAGCUCGAAGACAGCUCUGGUAAUUUCAAUUCUGAUUUCUUAAUCAGAAAGUUUUGAGAAGAAAUAAUGCCUUUUGAAUAGAAUAUUCAUCCUUAAUUUCAGUUUUCUAAAUUUCUGGAGAACUUUUUUCAAAUUCGUGAAAUCUUUUAAUUAAAAAUGAUUAGUCAGAAAUAUUCUCAGGAAUCCUGAAUCCGAGUGAUAAGAUUCUGAAACCCACAAAUUCAAAAAGUGAUCAUCUUGGUCCAAUUCAAAUAUCCUUUCUGAAUUUUUACAUUUCAGAAUCCUGUUUCACUGAAAUUUGGUCAACCUGAUUUAUUUUACGCAUCCUGAAAAUCUAUUCGAUUUUGGAGAAGUUCCUUUGAUUCAAACAUUACCUUGAUUUUACGGAUUUGAAAAAUUUUGAUAAUAUUUUACCAAAAUUUUGGCAUUUUCCAAAAAGUACCGUACCCCAAAAACGAAGACUUGUCUCAAAAAUUGUCUCAUUUCAUCCAUCAAAUUAUGUUUUACUUAAAUUCAGUUAACCUUUUCUUCUUCGUUUUUUUUGUCUUUUUUCUGUGUCUCAAAUUAUAACCUUCGGCCCAUUUUCUUCUUCUUCUUCUUCGCAUUUUCCCGUUUUUUUCUCGAAUAAUUAGUUUGUCAAGAAAGAAAAAGGCGAGUAGGAGGAGGAGGCAACAAGUAGCGAAGAAGAAGAAGCCACUUUUCACUUUUUACUCUACUCUCACAACUUUUUUUUGCCGUUGCUCUUCUUACACAUUCUUCUGUUGUUUUUCCUACAGGAUAUUUCCUUCCGAAUGCCAAAGAAGACAUGUAUUUUUACAAGGGGGAACGUGAGUUUCUUUUUUUUUUUUUUGAAAAAAAAACAUAACUUUUGUUUGUUAUUUUUUUGAAUGAAUGGGGAGCAAAAAUAUAUAUGAGAUGUUUUGGUUGAAAUUCUGAAGGGAAGGGAAGGUUUUCAGUUUUUCACCUGAACCGUGAAGUUUUCUGAUUGGCAACAUUUUUUGUUCAAAAAAAAUGCUAUAAAAGAAAGUUUUUUGUCAACUCUAUUUUUAGCAACGUUCUCACAUUUUUUAGGACUCGACCGAUUUUGAGAAAUUUUGCGUAGGAACAAUUUUUUUGAAGCCCAGAUUUUCUGGCCCAAAAAAUCCCAUUUUUUAGAAGUUUUUUUUGAGAAUAAAACUGAUCUAUGAGGCAAAUUCAGAAGGAUUUUUAAAAUUUUCAAAAAAAAACAUCCUAAUUCAAUCUCUAAAAUUAGGUUUGAAUAAUUUUUGAUCUAGUUUAGGUUUUGAAGCCCAGAUUCUGAAAUUCUGAGCCUAAUUUCAGGAUUUUUUGAGAACGAAAUGACCUAUGCAAUUUUAGAAAAUAAAUCCUAAAAUUCAAUCAGUACAAUUAGGUUCUACUAAAUUUUCAGGCUUUACCAGAAUUAAAGAAAUUUGAAAUUCACGUGGAUCCUGAUUUUUAGAAUUUGAUUUUUAGAGUUGCAGAACCAGAAGUUUUUUUUUUUUUUUUGAAAAUUCUGGAAAGCCUUUUGAAAUUUUUACCUGAUUUUUUUGGUCAUAUGAGCUUAAUUUGGAGUAUUUUUUCAAUUUUCGAAAUUUUAGUUCUUGUUUUUCGAAAGAUUAAACAUAGGUAAAAAUAUCUAGUUUUCCCAAGUUUUUUUUUUGAAAAUUAACAUUUUUUGCGUGAAAUUUUCACACGCUUGAUUUUCAUUUUUCAAAUUUUGUUUCAACAUAAAAAAUCACAGUCUUUUUUUCUCGUAUUUCUUUUUUUCUUUUCAGAAAACCCUAGAAUUAAAUGAUGUUUUGUGAUGAAACACGUUUGUCUUCAGUGUUCAAACAUGCAAUUUUCACACAAAAAUUCUUCUUUUUUUCAUCCAAAAUUCAUAUGGAAUUUUUAUUUUCAUUCUUUCAGUCUGUCUUCUCACAAAAGUCACUCAACCAAAAAUAUGUUUUUUCUUUUGUUUUUCUUUUUUUCCAUAGAUUUUUUCUAUGAAUUGAACUUUCAUUUGUUUUUACUCAAAAAUGCAUAGAAUAUUACUCAUUUUUAGGGCUAAGCUCUCAAAAGCCAUGUCAAUUUCAAUCAGUACCUUUUUGCUUCUCGCGGCAAAUAAAAAAUAACAUUAAUAUUCUGCGCGAUCCCCUCCCCGUUUGCUCCAUUCUUUUCCCGACAUUUUUCCUAUGUCAAAUCAAUUUUUGUGCUAUUUUCCGCCCAAGAAUUCUGGUAAGAUUUUCUCCGUUUUUCCAAAAAAAAUACCAAGAUGAUUCGCACAUAAAUUUGCAUAUUUUGAUGAUUCGAGAAUUUUUGGGCUCACUUGCUAUUUUUGCUACAGAAUUUUUUUGUUUUUGAAAGUGAGAUUCAGGAAAAUGUCUAUUUUGAGACAGAAUCUGAACUUUGGAAAAUCGUAGACAUUUUUUGUAUUUGUUGUUUUUGCAAAAGACAUUUUUUGAAGUUCUGAGAAUGUUGAGACAAUUUUAGAGAAAUAUUCCAAAAAAUUUUGUGGAUAAAAGUUUUUUUUUGAAUAUUCCAGUGAACUCCAUUAUGAAUUUUGACCCGAAAAAUCCACGUGUACAAAAAAAUAAGCUUUUUGAGUUGAUCUGUUCAAAAAAACAGGAACUUGUUAUCUUUCCCCUUCCCUACAUGCAAAAAUUGUUUUAAUUGGCUUUUUUAUCUACUUUUUCCCCGCCGAUAAAAAAAUAUUUUUUGAUUUGGAGUUAUUUUUAGUACAUGUGACUUUUUUUUAUAUUUCAAAAAAAAAAAAUAAAUAGAAAAAGAACCCUCAUUUGUAACAUUCUUCUCCUUUUUUAAGAGCUAAUCCUUUUUUUGCUCAUUUUCUAACAAUCUGCGUCUCGAUUUAUCCUCAAACACUUGAGCUUCUCGUUUUUUUCUGUUGAAGCAAAAAAAAGAAAUGAGAAAAAUUACACCGUAUACGGAUUUUCGAGAUUGCUCAAUUAUUCAGCUCCAAAAAAAUUGCAAAAAAAGUUCAGGAACUCACCGGAAAAAAAUAUAGAAAAAGAAAAACAAAAAUAAAUCUUCGUUCACACGUAUUCACUCUUUCACUCCCCUUAUUUUCCCUAUUUUUUGUUCCAAUUUCCAAAAAAAAAUUUUGCCUGCAGAAAUGCAUGAAAAAAACAACAAAACAAAACAAAAACAAAGGGACGAUUUCAAUUAUAUUUUUCAUUCUAGAUAGAUAUAAUUCGUUUUUUUUCUUUGCGCGCUGCUAGAAACCAACCAAUUUCUGGUUUUGACAUGAAUUUGAGCCCAAACAACAUAAUAAACAUAAAACUUGUUGUCUUGUUUCACAUGAAAAGAAAGACUACAAUUUUUCGGUAGUUUUGGGCGUGCUUUUUUCGUGUGAUUAGAAAAAAACUUUUUUAUCGGGAGUACAAAGAUUGUGAGCAGUUUUCCAUUUUUUUUGGAUUAUCUUUCGGAAUUUUCCUAUAUUUUAAGUUCAACUGUGGCUUUGCCAAUAGAGCUUUCUAGGCAUUGCACCUUGACAUUCAGACUCUCUAGGCUCGGCUACUUGACAACAAGGCUUUCUAGGAUUGGCUGUUUGACAGAGGCGUGGUACCUACCCUCAGUGGUUCUCAAGGUUCAGCUCCUUUUGAGAGUAUUAUUCUAGACGUGGAGACUUGACAAUGAAUUUAUCUAGGCUCAGCUAUUUGACAAGCAAAUUUUCUAGAAUUGGCUGUUGACCCAUCUUGAAAUUUAGAAACAGUAAAAAUUUUGAAACUUAUGAAAUUCUAAGAUUUGUUGGAUUCAAGAUCAUAUUUAUUUCGAAUCUAAAAAUUUCUCAGAUUUUCAAAGAUUUCAAAUCGAUCGUUUUCUCUUUCAAAUUCAUGUGACGUUUCCAUAAUUUUUCAGGAAACGUUAAUUUUUUAUUUGAUUGUUUGAUCUUUUCCCGUUUUGUGCGGUUUGCAGAAUGUUCUCCUCAUCUCAUUCAUAAAUUUCUUUUUUUUUUCAAAUUCCGAUUGAAAUAAAAAUUAUGACGUUUUUUCUACAGUAAUUUUCUGAAAAUCUUGUGUUUUCUGAUCCGACCGAUUUCUGAUUAUUUAGCACUUUUAUUUCAUUUUGAAAAUCUACAAGGAAUUUUAAAUCUGAGAUCACGAAUUGAAAUUUUAAAAGUUUUUUAAAGAAGAUUUCUGAUACCAGUAUAUAAAGAAUUUAUAUGUUUUAACAAAUACAGUAAAUCAAAUUUACUAAAAGUUCCAAGAUCUCUAUAGAUCACGUGCUAAAAUGUUCACCAAAAAUGUGCCAGUUAUUUUCUGAUCUCUGCUUGAAUUAAGCCUAAUUUAUUUCAUCAUUACCAAAAUCAUCUUUGAUUAGAAAAACAAAAAUGUUUGAUCCGGAAACCCCUCGAAAUUCGCAUCAUCAUCAUUGUUUUUUUUUUCUCACACACAGGGCUGAAUUAUUUGGGCUAGAAUUUCUCUACGUCUCCUCUCACCAUAUAUAAGCAAAAAAAUCGAUGAGUUUUAAGCAGUUGGCUCAUUUUCUUUUUCUCUUUCGCUAUUUUCUCGUUGCCUGGGUUUGUCCGCUAAACGCGAAGAAAAAAAAAGAAAAAAAACAACAAUCGUGAUUAUUACUAGUAUCCGCCAAUCUGCUACUUACUUACUAUUUAUAACAUAUCAUUAAAUAUGUUGCCAUUAUCGCGUAAAACUACGCCAUCUCCGUCGAUUGCGACAAGCACUUCAACAUCCAGCACUUUUUCGAAUCUUAUUAAUAAUAAUAAUAAUACUUCGUCGAACUCGGUUUCUCAAAUCAGUGCAAAUGCGAGAAAAAUACCGCCAAAAAUUGGGCUCUUAAGACAUCUUUCCGGGUUUCUUGAGUCGAAGAAAGGUUUGUUUGGGAGAUUCAGAAGGUUCUGAAAAUUGUAGAUCAGAGAACUAUAGAUGUUGUCAUUUGAAAAUGUAUCAGAGAUCAUGCACUUCGUAAUUCGUCUCCUGUCUGUUAAGAAAGCUCCAGCCAACAGUUUUUUUGAAAAAAAAUUCAGAACUGUAACUUUUUUUAUCUGAAAAUAUUUAUGGGACAAAACAUAUUAUAAGGUUUUUUUUUCGAAAGUUACUGUAUUCUCAAUACACUUUUUUGUUCCGAUUUUUGGAACUCUAAGUCCAUCUCAUGUGUAGCUCCCAAAAAAGUUCCUCCUAAUCAAAUUCCUUCUGACGUCACAGUCCAAAUAAAACCAUUAUUUUUUCAAGUGUUCCCCCCUUUUUUUUAAAUAAAAUAAAUUGGGUUUUUUUUUCAGAUCUGAUGAAUGAUUGGGAAAUUGGAGGAACACAAAAUAAAUGGGUUUGUCCAAGUGAUCGACAUUUGCAUUUGAGAGCACAGUGAGUUCAGAUUCCCCCUGGGUCCUCACAAUCAGAUCAAAAUUGAAUUCCAGGCUGAAAUCGGGAUGGUCGGUUCGAACAGCGACUGCUCGAUCGCCGACAAAUUCCAAAGGUCAAAAUGGCGGAACGAUAACGGAAGCUGAACAAGAGCAUAUAAGGCAGGUGUUGGCGAAAGCAGAGGAGAGCAAGAAUAAAGAGCAGCAACGUAUUGGGUUGGUUUUUUUUUGUUUCGGGAAAAUUUGAGGGACGAAAUGUUUAAAAUUUAUGAGAAUAUUAGAUGAAUUUAUUCAUGUUGUUCGCGUGACCGCGUGGUCUAGUUGGUUAGAGAUUACUCAGAGAAAAGGUGGUCCAUGGGCAGCCCCUUGGAGUGCCCCGAGGGCUGGUCCUAAGGGCAACACUAGUGCAUUCAAGGGGCGGCCUAGGGGCAAUUAAGAAAAACUAGGGUAUGACGUUUUUAAAUUUUAAAAAUUUUGACGUGGAAAAAAUCAUUUCUGUUUUAAUUUUUAAUUUUCGCCAUGGCAAAAUUCAAAAAAAAUCUUGCGCCAGGAAAUCUUCGGAAAUCUAGUUUAUCUAUUUGACCAAAAUUGAUCGAAAUCAAAACAUAUUUCAAAGAGAAGCUUUUAUUUAAAAAAAAAAUGAAGCUUCUCAGAAUUCUCAUGCAUAGUUUUCGGAAUUUCGGCCCUGCUAUACAUUCCCGAAAUAACAGUCGGAACAUCGAAUAAUACUUUUCUAAUGAGCACAUUCUCUGACUUCUGCAAUUUCGCACUUGGACAGCGUGAGAUGACACAAUUUUCCAAAAUCACAAAUAUUCCAAAUAGUAUAAAUUCUCAUAAUAUAAAUUCCUUGAUUUCCUGUUCCUGCUUUUCACUUUGAAAUGUUUUGAGACUUGUAGCAUACACAGGGUGUAAUUUACUACCUCAAAUCGUUAGACCUCAAAUUUUUCAUUAGUUUUUGGGUAGAUCAAGAAUCAUUUUUCUCUAAAUCUCUCGUUUUUGCGUCGAAUUUCGUCGAUUUUAGUCCCACCCCUAAGAUCGUGUCAGGUCUCAAAAAAUGCGCGAAAUUUUUCGGGUAGUAAAUUACACUCUGUGGCAUAUAAAAUAUAAUAAAUCGGAAUUGAGUUCCCCACUAUUUUCUUGAAUACCCAAAUAAGUGAAAUGAAAGAAAUUUAUUAUUUUUUGUGAUCGAAAACGUAACUAGGUCACAAAACUAGGUCACGUGCUCAAAAAAUACCCUUCAAAUUAUUUUUCCCAUUAGAAAAUUUGCCCUUCGUGCUGGUCCGAAGGGCAACACCCCGAAAAUAGGGGUAAACCAAAUUCCUACGGGCAGCCCGGGGGCAAAAUUUUCUCUGAGAUAGGUUUGGGAUUUUGAGGUCCGAAGUUCGUUUCCUGGUGGGUGUUCUGAGAUUUAAAAAUUUCAUAGAAAAAAUUUAAAUGUUGAAAAAUUAUAACCUGAAGUGUUUUUUUAUAUGUAGACCUCGUGAGAUAAAAAAUAUAGAAUUGAAAAAAAUCUUCAAUUGGAUACUUCAGAAUCCUUGCUGAAUUCCAAAAUUCACCCUUCAGAAGUCUAAAACAACCAAGUUCUCAUUUUCCGAAAAUUCCAGAAAAAUGGUGGAUCGUCUCGAAAAAAUGCGUCGUCGCGCGACUGGCAACGGCGUCACUCACUGCCUUUUGUGCCACACCGAAUUCGGACUUCUCGCCUCGAAAAGCUACGCAGCAAUGUGUGUGGAUUGUCGAAAAUAUGUGUGUCAACGAAAUUGCGGCGUCGAAACGCAAGAUCCGCAACGUGGCGAAACCGUCUUCCUGUGCAAAAUAUGCUCGGAAGCUCGCGAGGUGGUUAGUGUUUUCCCAGCCGCUGAGGGGGGAUCUCUACACUUCUUUUUGUCCGUGUCUCGAGAAAAUAUGUCCAUGUCUUUUUGAUUUUUCGAUUUCAAAAAAAGCUUCAAAUGCUUUUCUGUCCUUUUUUGGGGUGGUACAUGUUUAGGAGGAGGAUUGAUUUGAGAAUUUGGAGGGAUUUUCAGAAUUGGUUUUUUUUUGGAAUUUCGGAAUUACGAAUGAAACGUUCAAAGUUCAGAUUUCCACUCUCGGAAAAAUUUAGAGGUUCCAUGGUUCUCAUAUUUAUGAUUUCAAGAAACAAUAAAUUCCAAAAAUACGAUUCUGACCAGCCCUACCCUCAAAACUGCAUCAAAAGUAAUUGUGUCCUUUUCCAGCUUUGGAAAAAAUCGGGUGCCUGGUUCUACAAAGAAAUGCCAGAUUUCCAAAGACCCGAUGCCGCAUUCAUGAACGGCUCAGCCAAUCCCACACUUCCACCGUUAGCUGCUGCCACGUCAUCAGCAAUUCCAACAACAUCAACUUCACCAUCUCCACGUCAACCAACGUGGGCGAUUCAGAGUAACGGAACAUCAGCUACGAAUUCGCCGAUUCCAAAUGGUCGCAGAAUGACUAAUGAAGUUCCAAGGUUUGUAAAUGGUUUUGUUAUUUUUGCUUUGAAGUUCAGUUUACCCUGGGAUUCUUUAUUAUUUGUUGCUUAUUUUUUUAUUUUGCAGUACGAGUCGUGCGAGUAUUUGUUCAAUGCUUCAGGCUGUUGAUCCUCAUGAAAGGUGCUUAUUUAUUAUUUUUUCUCUUCCAAAAUAGAAUUUUCAUAAACUUGUCUAUUUUUAGAUCCAAAUCUCCUCGCCCCCGAAUUCAGCCGAGUUGGGUGAACGAAAAAGUGAUGAGCAGUAUGUCAGUGGAUGAUGAAGAUCGAGCUGGAAGUUCGUCGGAUGGUGAAGGUGGAUUCGCACAAUCGGGAAUUGUUCGAAAACAACAACAUCAUCAUCACAAAUUGCCGCAAAAUUCGGCGAGAAGAGAGGCGAAUUUGGCGAGAUUUGCGUUGAAUGCGGCCAGGAUUUAUGAUAGUGGUGAGUGAGAAGGGGUCUGUGGUUUUAUUGAAAUAAUUUUGUUUUGAAAACGGUGUGGCACGUUCAAAAUUAGAUCCUACUGAAAUUUUUGAAACUAUCCAGAAAAGGUUCUGAUCAAAGUAUACCCCAUUUUCCGAAUCAGAAAAAAACAUCAAUGGCCCUUCGAUCAUAUUUUGAGUCCGAUUCCAAGCCAAUCUAAGACCAAGAGUGCUAACUCGAACAAAAUUUUUGGAACAAAAAACCUUCCUAGAUGCCAGUUUCAAAAAAAAACCAAUUUCAUUCCAGAAGAUGAUUCUUCGCCAGAAUCCCGUGCUUCCUCAACAUCUCCACGUCAUUCUCUUGCCACACCAUGUUCAUAUGAUGCAACUGUAACUCAACACGAUGAUGCUAGAAGUAUUGACAGUGGAGGUAACAGUUAGUUUUACAUCUUUCCGGCUAACAUAAUUUCGGGCGACUAUUUCUUUUUCUAAUGGGAACCCUCUGGUGUUUUUCAGUUGUUCAAUCGGAUCAUUCGAAUCCACAACAAGGAGGGAAUCUGACACUUUCAUCAUCAUCUUUGAAUCCGGGAAAUGCGUCGAAUACCCAAGAAUCACCUAGAAGAAUAUCGAAUCCGGAUAGUGUUACUUCGCGAAGAUCAGUUGCGCAAAGCGCAUCUGGAACUUCUCUUGUCACACCGAAUCGUUCAAGCCCGGAUAAUAGAACAUCGAGUCCAAUGGAACAUAAAUCGAGUACAGCAAGUAGUUCAGCUGGUUCAUCGGGAAAAGUUGGAACAACAAUUCCAGCAAAUCCGAUUGUUAACCACGCUUUGAAUGAUAGACGAAGUGCUUCUGGCACAGGAUUACAUCGAUCUGAUUCACCAAUGGCUGCAUUCAUGAGUUCUCCAGAUUCUGAAGAUUCCAGUAAGUUCUUAGCUUAAUUUUGGGGGCUACGGUAAAUAUAUUGCGGUGAUAAUUCCGUGUGCUUGGAUUUUUGCUUACAUGUUGUAGAAAUAUUAUUUGAUUUUUUUUUCUAGAAUCCAACAUUGAUUAGCAAAAUUCUAAAAAUCUCGAUUAACCAUUAGUAGCCCUAAUUAAAACUCGAAAAACAAACAGAGCGAAAUCGUCGACGUGAUGGUGUUCCACGUAUAAAUUCCCUUCAAUAUCGGCAAUCUUUGGAUGAAACAACAGCAACAUCUCAACCAUCACAUUCUUCACUUCCACCUUCUAGACUCGGAAAUAGUUCAUCGACAACAACACUUCAGGCAACAAAAGAAGAAGAUCAACAAAAAACGCCAACAAUUCAACGAAGAGAAAAAUCGAUUGAUACUCAACCAAUAUUGAUUGAAAAUGAGGAUGAUGAAGGAUCACAAGUUGGCUCGGGAAUCACUGAGAAUUCGAACUCGCAAAAAUAUAAACCCGGUAUGAGAUCACGAAAUCGAAGACUAUUUGCAUGCUUCAAUUUGUCACGUUUUUUUAAGUCGCAUGGUUGGUGUUGUGAAUUUGGCGUUUUGUGGUUUUGGGGCACUUUCUUUUUUUUCUUUCAAUCACAUUUUGCAUGUGAACUUUUAUCUUCACUGAACUUUCGGAGGUUGGAACUUUCUAAAAUCUGGAUACUGACCAAGAUUAAUCUAUAUUGACAAUUCGGUUCCAAAAACAUAAAAAAAACAAAAAAAAAUGAAAAGCUUCUGUCCAAAAUUCCGAGAAAAUCAGAACAAAUUACAGGCACAUGAGUACUGUAAAACCUGCAGAUCUAACUCGAACUUUUGAGAAGUAAGACAUGGACGAGUUAGAUACGCAGGUGGUACGGGUUUUGCAGUGUGUUCUUUUGAUCUGGCUAUCCCAAGUUUUUGGACAGAAAUUUUCAGAUUUUUCCCAUCAUUUUUUCAUUUUUGUACAUUAUUCCGAAAAAUUUCGAGUUUUAGAGUUUACCCUACUUCUCUUGGAACCUAGUCAGUUAGCCAGGGUUUUUUUUUUAGAAAGAUCGGACCUCCUUUUCCACUCAUUGUCAACCAAAUCUCAUCAAAAUUCUUCUAGGUACACUCGGAUCAAUCCAAUUCAACCUAAACUACGAAGUAUCGGAGAAAAAAUUGACAAUAACCCUCCUCCGCGCCAAAAAUCUCAAAGCCAUGGACAGCAAUGGAUUUUCUGAUCCCUAUGUCAAACUCCAUCUGAUUCCCGGCAAUGCAAAAGCCACCAAAUUGACAUCGAAAACCAUUGAGAAAACAUUGAAUCCAGAAUGGAAUGAGGAAAUGGUUUAUUGGGGAGUGACUGAGGAAGAUAAGGAGAAAAAGACAUUGUGAGUCAAGUUUCAGAAUUUAUUCAAUUUAUAAUGUUUUUUUUUAUUCCAGGAGAAUCACGGUUUUGGAUCGUGAUCGAAUCGGCUCCGAUUUCCUUGGCGAAACUCGCAUUGCUCUUCGAAAACUUCCAAAUAGCGGAGUCAAAAAAUACAAUUUGUAUUUGGAGCAAGCAAUUCCAGUUCCUCCUCAAACAAAAGAGGAGGAAAAUGGGGAACGAGGGAAAAUCCAUGUUGGAUUACAGUAUAAUAUUCAACAAGGUUCAUUAUUCAUUAAUAUCAAUCGAUGUGUUGAACUUGUUGGAAUGGAUUCAACUGGAUUUUCCGAUCCAUAUUGCAAAGUUUCGCUAACUCCAAUCACUUCAAAGGCGCAUCGACAAAGAACUUCGAUUAAGAAACGAACUUUGAAUCCGGAAUUUAAUGAGGUUAGUUUCCUUAGUUUGUUUCUAUGUAGAUCUGAAAAAAAAAAGUUUUUUUUUUCAGAAAAUCCAAUUCGUGGUUCCUUUCAAAGAUCUUCCAAAGAAAACUCUUCAAAUUGGAGUUUAUGAUCAUGAUCUUGGAAAACAUGAUGAUUAUAUUGGUAAGAGCCUAAAUUAUAGCCCAGAUUUUUAAAAAAAAUUGUCAAAUUCCAGGUGGUAUUUUAUUAUCAGCAUCUGCAAAAGAUGAACGUGGUCGACAAUGGAUCAAAUGUAUAGAAAAUCCUGGAACAUUGGUUGAAGCUUGGCAUAAAUUAGAGCUGGAUAAUUAA